AUGGGCCUUUUCAAAACAACAGACCUUCGCGAAGAGUGCGAAAAGAGUGCCCGUAUUCUUAAAAGCUUCGCCGACAAGGGCAAGAUCCCCUCAAAUGUCAUCAGCAACGCAAAAGGCCUAGCAAUCUUCACCGGCUUCCGAGCAGGCAUGUACUUUGCAGGCGCAGGCGGCUCCGGCGUUGUAAUUGCCAGACUCCCCGAUGGAACAUGGUCUUCCCCGUCUGCCUUUUCCGUCCGCAGUGGCAGCGUCGGUCUUGUAUAUGGCAUCGAUGUGUACGACUGUAUCUGUGUUCUUAACACCCAGGAAGCAGUCGAUGCAUACAAAAAGUCGGAAGUCAACCUUGGCGGCGCCGUCGCCCUGGCAGCUGGACCACUGGGUGGAACCGCCAAUGUUGGUGAGGUGAAACCUGUGUGGACAUACACCAAGUCUCGUGGAAUCUACGGUGGCUUGACUGUGGAUGGAACGGUUAUCAAGGAGAAGCGGGACGUCAAUGCAGAGUUCUAUGGCGGUGAAAUCUCUUCGGCUCAGAUCCUUGAUGGUCAAGCGCAUGCUGGCUGGUCUCCUCGCAUCCAAGAGCUGUUGGAGGUUGUCAAAGCGGCUGAGGGGAAGAACGCAGAUAAGAGUAUUCUGCAGGGUGUUAGUACGGAGCCUACUCCCGGAGAUUUGACGGAGUAG